AGAGAUGCGUGGGAUCUUUGCUAGCUGUGCACUCUCAGUAUUGCUGCUGGCUGCAGCCUGGGCAGACCACAACCCCAACCACCACCCUAACCACCACCACCACCACCACCCUAACCACCCUCACCAUGGCUCUGAUCACAGCCACAAUGACAAGCUGUCCUCUGCCAAUGCUGACUUCGGCUUUGCCCUCUACAAAAGCCUGAAUACCAACGCUGCUGCUGGAAAGAACAUCUUCUUUUCGCCGCUGGGAAUCUCCUCCACCCUGUCCAUGUUGUCUACGGGGGCCAAGGGUGAAACCCAUCGCCAGCUGUUCUUCAGCUUGGGCUACAGCACAUUCAACCAAACUCAGGUCAACAAAGCGUACAAGCAUCUUUUCAACAUCCAUGGACACAGCCAGGAGAAUCAGCACCUGGAUGUCGGUAACGCUGUGGCCCUGCACUCUGGCUUCAGUCCUCUGAAGACGUUCCUGAAGGACGUCAAGCACUACUACUUUGGUCAUGUCUUUAACGUCAACUUAACCAAACCUGCUAAGGCUGCAGCAGAGAUCAACACAUUCAUUGCUAAUAAAACCCAGGACAAGAUCAAAGAUAUGGUGAAGGACCUGGACCCUGCGAUGGUCAUGGUGCUGAUCAACUAUGUCUACUUUAAAGGACAGUGGAAGACACCCUUUAACCUUGACAUGACACGCAAGAUGAACUUCCAUGUGGCCAACACCAAAAAAGUACAGGUUGACAUGAUGAUGAGGUCAGGUUACUAUGACACCUACUGGGACGUUGACAACCACACCACAGUUAUCUUGCUGCCCUACCAUGGCAACACCUCCAUGAUGAUCGUCCUGCCUGAUGAAGGCAAGAUGAAGGAGGUGGAGGGCUACAUCAACAAGGACUACAUCAGGCACUGGCAUGACUCAGUCUCAAUGGAAUAUGUGGUGGAUCUGUUCCUGCCAAAGUUCACCAUCUCUGCUGAUGCUCCUCUGGAAAACACAUUGAAAGAAAUGGGCAUAACCGACGCAUUUGAGGGCAAGGCUGAUUUCUCUGGCAUGUCUGACAAGGUCAAGCUCAAAGUCUCAAAGGCGUCCCACAAGGCUGUGCUGAGUGUCACUGAGAUGGGAACAGAGGCAGCAGCCACCUCCAUUACUGAGUUAGUAUAUAUCAGUUUGCCACGAUCAGUCAGAAUUGACAGACCUUUCUUGGUUUUCAUCCUGGAGAACCUCACUAAGAGCAUCCUCUUCAUGGGCAAGAUCAACAACCCGACAGCCAUGUAAAGGCACACGCUAGGAAAAAUGAUAAUCAUGAUCACAGAAACAUUUUGUUGACAGAUAUGUAAAGCAAAGCUGCAAACCAUCAAUUAGUCAAUUAGACAGUACAUUUUCAUUGAUAUCAAUGAAUCAUUUUAGUAAUUUUCAAGCAAAUAUUCAAAUAAUUUUUUGGUUUCAGGAUCUUUGUUGCUUUUACUUGUCUUACAUUAAAGUUCGUUGAA